GUGAGGUGGUGUGGAGAGGAGGGGGUAAGACAUGAGGCUCCUAUGUCUUGCCACUGAGGAGAGCCGGGCUCAGUCUACCAGCUGCCAUUCUUGUGUGCAGACCAGUUGCGAUCCAACUGAGAACUAGGUGGCAGCACCGAACUCUGUCACUGGUUUGGAGGAUUCUGACACAUUGAACUGUCGCCACGCUGCCUGCCUCCUCAGCACUUACCUCAAGCUUCACGUAACUGAUUCUUGGACCAAAAAUCAAAAUGCCAGACACAAUGACAAACGGACACAUGAACGGACACUCUGAUGCGGAAAUGCAUGAAGAUGAUGAAAUGUUCCUCUUCAGUUCAGAGUCUGUUGGAGAAGGACAUCCUGACAAAAUGUGUGAUCAGAUCAGUGAUGCUGUGCUGGACGCCCACCUAAGACAAGAUCCUAAUGCAAAAGUAGCAUGUGAAACAGUCAUCAAAACUGGAAUGGUGCUUCUGUGUGGUGAAAUAAACUCUAGUGCCAAUGUUGAUUAUCAAAAGGUGGCCCGGGACACAAUCAAACACAUUGGGUAUGACGACUCUUCCAAAGGAUUUGACUAUAAGACUUGCAGUGUGCUAGUUGCCCUUCACCAGCAGUCCGAUCAGAUUGCUGCUGGAGUUCACUUGAACCGCCGUGAGGAAGACAUUGGUGCUGGAGAUCAGGGACUCAUGUUUGGCUAUGCGACUGAUGAGACUGAAGAAUCAAUGCCGCUUACUGUCGUCCUUGCGCACAGGCUUAACCAACGCAUCUCUGAACUGCGUAGGAGUGGUGAGUUCUGGUGGGCAAGACCAGACUCCAAAACUCAGGUUACUUGUGAGUAUAAAUCCCAUGAGGGAGCAUGUAUUCCCAAGAGAGUUCACACCGUAGUAGUUUCUAUUCAACAUUCUGAAAAAAUAAGUCUGGAUGAACUCCGCAGUGAAAUUAUGACAAAGGUGAUCAGAGAUGUCAUCCCUGAAAAGUAUCUGGAUGAAAAGACAGUUUUCCACGUCAACCCCUGCGGGCUCUUCAUCACCGGCGGGCCACAGAGUGAUGCUGGUCUUACCGGACGCAAGAUCAUAGUGGAUACUUACGGAGGGUGGGGCGCACACGGGGGAGGCGCCUUCAGUGGCAAGGACUUCACCAAGGUUGACAGAUCUGCAGCCUAUGCUGCUAGAUGGGUAGCCAAAUCCCUUGUUAAGGCUGGACUCUGCAGACGCUGCCUAGUGCAAGUGUCCUAUGCUAUUGGAGUGGCGGAGCCCCUAUCAAUCACCAUUUUCGACUAUGGAACUAGCCACAAAACCCAGAAAGAAUUACUGAAUAUUGUCAAGAGAAACUUCGACCUCCGACCAGGAAUGAUCGUCAAGGAGCUCAAUCUUAGAAAUCCCAUUUAUCAAUCCACUGCCUCUUAUGGACAUUUCGGCGGUAACACCUUCCCUUGGGAGAAGCCCAAGAAGCUUGUUUAACAUCUUCUUAAAAUUAAGAUUUGGCUAUUUUAAAUUUUUAUGACACCUAAUGUCUGAUGUGUGGCCUGUAGAUGAGACAUGUUAAAAGAGCAAUAGGGAAGGAAGGCUGUUUUCACGAGUGCUUGUCUAGUAUUAGUGAAGUGCAAGAAUCUCUUGACUCCUGAGAAGGUAUUUGUUAUAUGAAUGAAAUAUUCUGCAUUUUUAACUAUGUGACAAUUGUGAUUGCUCUCUUUUCAAUUGGCUGCCUGGUUGUCAAUUUUCUCUGGUUCCAUAUUUGGUAGUUAAUCUCAUUCCAUUUCAUUUCAUCAUCUGCCAUUUUAUGAAUUUUGUGAUUUGAAGUUUGUUAAAGCAAUGAAUUUUAUUAGACUGGUGUUUUUUUUAUUGUUUUAAUCCAUGAAAGGUAAACAAUUUUGAAUGUGUGAUUUUAUUUUAGAGAGAAAAUGGAUCAAUGAAGUCAUUGUCGUGUAGCUUGUGGUUACCAAUCUAUGUUCUGAGGUGUAUGUGCAUUGUCCCUUGGUUCUGUAGCAAUUAUGAAUUCUCUUCUGUAAUCUGAUUCCAAUUUGGCUUCUUAUGAAUUUUAAAUGUCAAUGCCAAGCAUUACAUUUCCUAGGCCAAAACGCAUGAACUCCCAAUGUAAUUUGAACUCAUUAUUACUACUGCACCAAGUUCAAUGGAAGGUGGAUUACUUCCCUCCAGUUUGUGCCUAUAUUGUAAUUUUUGAAUAACUCCAUCAGGCAGAAUCAAUUUGGAGAAAGAAUUGUAAGCAAGUCAGAUGUAAUGAACAACUUUAUCUGCUAUGCUAUGAAUAAACUUAGCCUUGAACAGGCAAGGCUAUACGUUGAAACAUGAA